UGUCGAGGAUUGGUAUGCUGACACCGGCACUGCUUUUCACAUGACUGAUUCCCUCUCUUGCAUGAAAGACUUGAAGCCUUGCCACAAAAGUGUGAAUGGGAUUGGUGGCGUGUCUUGUGAGGUAGCAUUCUCUGGAACGCUGGAGUUGGUGUUUGUGACUGCUGACAGUGAAUUUUCCGUGGAGUUGAAGAAUGUGUUGUACUCUCCAAACUUAGGGUAUAAUCUCUUUUCUCCGAGUGCAGAGUUUGAUGGCGAGUCAUGGAAUGGUCUUGGUGGUCCUGAUGGUGUGAUGACUGCUUUCAAUGGACAAGUAACCUUUCAGAACUUCGAUGGCAUGCUGAUUGCGUCUGCGUAUCGUCUAGGAGAAGCCUCUGUUGGCACGGUGUUGGCUGCUCUCACUCCCGCAAACCCCAAGCAUGAAACCACGAUGGAUAUCAACGAGUUCCACAACAUUUACGCUCAUUCGCACGAGGGUUUGCUUCGCACUACUGCAAAGCGACUAGGUACCAAGUUGGUUGGUGACAUGCAUGCUUGUUCAGGGUGUUCGAUGUCAAAGGCUAUUCGAAAAGGAAUCGUUAGAGAAACUAAACGUAGAUCGGAUAAAAAGUUGGGCAGAGUUUUUGUUGACCUGGGAGGGAGGAAGGACAGCGCGUCCGUAGGGGGUAAACAUUAUCCCAUGAUUGUGAAGGAUGAUUUCACGAGACGUACAUGGAUGUAUUUCCUGAGAAAUAAAUCAGACGCUGGCAGUGCAUUCCGGACUUUUCUUGCGAGUGUGCGUGCUAAUGGUGUCCCGUCAUUCGUUGAGAUUGUUAGAUCUGACAACGGAGGGGAGUUUUUCGGGGGGGAGUUUGCAUCUGUGUGCAAUGAGCUCUUGAUCAAACAAGAGUUCACACCGGCUUAUAGUCCGCAAUAUAAUGGUGUUGCAGAGCGUGGGCUGGGAUUGAUAGAAGAGGCCGCGAUGGCGGCUCGUAUUCAGGCUAAAGUUCUUUUUGGGCAUGUGCAGUUACCUAAGACUGAUAAACUCUGGGCUGAGGCUAUGCACUGGGCUUGCGAAGCGAUGAAUCACACCGCGUGUUCUGCUAACCCCGACUCUAUGCCGCCGUAUGAAAUGUGGUAUGGUGAACCCCGUCCCGCUAGACCGUAUCCGUUUUUGAAGCCAGCGUACUGCAGGUGGCAGCGACCGACAAAGCUGCUGCCGAAGGGUGAGAGUUGCUUUUAUGUCGGUCCUUCGAGAGACCACCCGCGUGAUUGUCAUAGAGUACUUACGAGGGCUGGGACUAUACAGGAAACGAGGGAUGUGACGUGGGAGGUGUUGCAGUCACAGCUCCCUCCGCUGCAACCUUCUCUGCCAAUAGAGGUCGCAGAGGAGGGAGGGGAGGAUAGUGACGACAAUGUUGAAACCGAGGUAUGGCCGCUUGUAGGAAGAGGAGUUGCUCACACACUUUUGAAACGUGAUGCAGUGCCUUCUGGUGCGAGAGUCGAGGAGGUUGAGAGUGUUGGCGCAGGAAGUGUAGGCCCAUCAUUUUCUGUUCCAUCUUCCCCUGCUGAACCGUCGUCCCUCGCGAACAAUUCUUUUGAUAGUGUAGCCUCUGUGUCUUCUCCAAUGCCUGUGAAUGACGGGGAAGGCCAGGGAGGGCAGGAAUCAGGGGAAUUAGAGAUGGGGGAUCCGGGAGGGGAUGAUGAGGAAGAAUCGAUGGAACAGGGAGGGCAUGAUGAUGAAGAGUCGAUUAGGUCGGGAGGACCGGUAGAGGCGGAGGCACCCCCUCCAGCCGCUCGUCGUCCGCGGCAUGUGGCCGAGCUUGCUGACUUUAAUACUGCUUCGCGUGAGAAUAAUGAAGUGAGAGAAGACGAAAUAAGAAAGAUAGUGAAGGCCAAGGCUUGGCUUGUAGCGAAGGGCUUCAAGCAGAAGUAUGGUGUGGACUAUCUUGAGACUUUCUCGCCUACCGCAAAUGCUGCAUCUCAUAGAUUGGUAGUGGCGUUGGCGUGCAAGUACAACUUGGAAUUACUCCACUGGGAUAUUGAACAAGCAUUUGUUCAGUCGGAAUUGGAUUACGAGGUGUUCAUGAAGUUGCCUCCUGGCUGUGGUUCGAUGUCAGGAAAGGUUGUCCGUUUGAACAAGAGUUUGUACGGAUUGAAGCAGGCAUCUAGAACAUUUUACAAGAGGCUGGUGUCGGAGCUGAAGAGGAUUGGUUUCGAGCAGUCUAUGUCUGACCCCUGUGUCCUGCGUUUCAUGAUGGGAGACGAGGUAGUGGGGAUGGUCGCAAUUCAUGUGGAUGACAUUCUGUGUGCAGGAACGAAGAGUCUGGCUGAGGUGGUCGUGGCAGCACUAGGUAACUCUCUUCCCACGAAGAAUUUGGGCGAGGUCAGGACUCGCGCUCAAACUCGUGCAGUCAACCAGCAGAGUGUUCCGGACCUUGUGGCCAGCCUAGGACCCAUCUCCGCUACGGAGUUAGUGUAUACACUGAUGUCGGAGCAGAGAGCAGGAACGUUCACGUUAGCAGCAAAAGUCCCGAUAGGCUGUAAUGUGAUAGAUGUUAGAUGGGUUUUCAAAUGGAAAGCAGACGAAACAGGAAAGACAGUGAAGGCCAAGGCUAGGCUUGUAGCGAAGGGCUUCAAGCAGGAGUAUGGUGUGGACUAUCUUGAGACUUUCUCGCCUACCGCGAAUGCUGCAUCUCAUAGAUUGGUAGUGGCGUUGGCGUGCAAUCGGAAUUGGAUUACGAGGUGUUCAUGA